AUGACUUCCACCAGCCAGCUGUUGGGUUUGGCUGAGGUGGGGCUGAGGUGCGACCAGGAGAUUGAGAGGAGAUAUGAGAUCGUGCCCUCGGUGGUCUGCUCCAUGUGCUGCCUCUUCGGAAUCAUCUACUGCUUCUUUGGCUAUCGAUGCUUCAAGGCCGUAUUGUUCCUCACGGGCCUCAUGUUCGGCUCCGUGGUCAUCUUCAUGCUGUGCUACAAGGAGAGGGUGAUGGACACUCAGCUGAGUGUGGAGGCGUCCGUGGGCAUCGGCCUGGGCAUCGGGACCCUGUGUGGCCUGGUGACCAUGCUGGUUCGCAGUGUGGGUCUGUUUAUGGUGGGCCUGCUGCUGGGCCUGCUGGUCGGAGUGGCGUCACUGGUGGUCAUGGAGGAGUUCUACCACCCUAAAACGGUGUGGGUCCCUUUGGGCAUCCUACUGGGUUCUGGGACGCUAUUUGCCGUCCUCACUCUUCAGUGGCAGCGCUGCUUCGUCACCUUCUCGACCGCCACGUUCGGCUCUGCCAUCAUCACUGUCACCGUGGAUUAUUUUAUAGAGCUGUUCGCCUUGGUGCACUACGUCUACGAGAGACUCAGGGUGGCACCAAAGAGGCCGGUGUGCUGGUUUACGUGGGUCAUCUUGGGCGUGUGGCCGGUCCUGGCCCUCCUCGGAGUGCUGAUCCAGUGGAAAGUCACUGCAGAGGGAUUUUCUCACACAGAAGUGGUUUUGAGCCGGCAGCAGCGGCGGGUCCAGCUCAUGCGGAUCCGGCAGAGGGAAGAGAGGCUGAAAAAGGAGAAGGAGAACAAGAAGAAGAAAAAGCGACAGACCCAGAAGACGAGCCACAAGCAGAAGGCCCACACCCAUCAUCACCACCACCAGCAGUACCACCACCCGGCGGCAGCCCACCCGCAUCACCAAACCCAGAGCUCCCAGCCGCCGAAAGUCCCCCCUCCGCCUCCGCAGACUGAACCCGGAUACCACCGCAAGGCCAACCCUAAGAGACGCUUUGAUGGAGAUGUGCUGUCACCGAGCUACAUCCGGAGUUUCAGGGACAGACAGACGGACAGACGGGCGUACUCCCACAGCCGAAUGAUGAGCCGCUCCCGGAUGGCCGAGCUCGACUACGACUGUGGCUCUCAAGUGCCCCUCACGGCCCCCAGUGGACCCCCAGUUCGCAUCUGA